ACGCGGGGCGGGGCGGGGCGGGGCGGGGCGGGGCGGCGGGCGCAGGGGUGUCGCGGGCCGCGCGGCGGUGAGUGUGCGCUUUUCCCGGCCUGGCCCGCCGCUCGCCAGCAUGAGCUACGACCGCGCCAUCACCGUCUUCUCGCCCGACGGCCACCUCUUCCAAGUGGAGUACGCGCAGGAGGCCGUGAAGAAGGGCUCCACCGCGGUUGGUGUUCGAGGAAAAGACAUUGUUGUUCUUGGUGUGGAAAAGAAGUCGGUGGCCAAACUGCAGGAUGAGAGGACAGUGCGGAAGAUCUGUGCCCUGGACGACAAUGUCUGCAUGGCGUUCGCAGGCCUUACCGCUGACGCAAGGAUAGUCAUCAACAGGGCACGGGUGGAGUGCCAGAGCCACCGGCUGACAGUGGAGGACCCGGUCACCGUGGAGUACAUUACCCGCUACAUCGCCAGCCUGAAGCAGCGCUACACACAGAGCAAUGGGCGCAGGCCGUUCGGCAUCUCAGCCCUCAUUGUGGGUUUCGACUUUGAUGGCACCCCCAGACUCUAUCAGACUGACCCGUCGGGCACAUACCAUGCCUGGAAGGCCAAUGCCAUAGGCCGGGGUGCCAAGUCAGUGCGUGAGUUUCUGGAGAAGAAUUACACUGACGAAGCCAUCGAGACGGACGAUCUGACCAUCAAGCUGGUGAUCAAGGCCCUCCUGGAAGUGGUUCAGUCGGGCGGCAAAAACAUUGAGCUGGCUGUCAUGAGGCGAGACCAGCCCCUCAAGAUUUUAAAUCCUGAAGAAAUUGAGAAAUAUGUGGCUGAGAUUGAAAAAGAAAAAGAAGAAAAUGAAAAGAAGAAACAAAAGAAAGCAUCAUGAUCAAAUCUUGCGGGGAGCAAUUUUUAAAUGCAAAUCAUGGCUGAUGUGAGAACCAAGCAACUCGCAGGCCCUGACAUCCCGUCGUCUGUGUCCCACAAUAAAUUCCAUGUUUUUAACCU